GACACUCAAAGUAUGCUCCGUUUACUGAAUAUUUGUGUUAUUUUGGUGUUUAUCUCCUUGGUAAAAGGGGGAUUCUCAGAUGGCUCAUUUAACUUGACCCUCUACAGGCAAAUGCCAGCUUUGCACCAUCUGGAUGACUACGAUCUGUGUCUGGAUAGCUCUUCAGGCAGCUAUUGCCUGGUGUAUGUGGAGAUUUUACCCAAUGCUAGCUCUUCUUUGUGGAACCAAAUCAACGAACUGUCGCAGGAUUCUAAGCAUCGUUUUCGUCAUGAUCGCCUCUUCAGAGGUGUGUGUCUAGAAACUUGCAAGCAAAGCCUUGGUUUUUUAUCUGAUUCGAUUGAGCUUGGAAGGGGGGCAAUCAUGGACGAGGAACUCAGAUCCUACUACGCCAAGGUGCACCGCCGAACUGCUGAUGACGAUGUACGCAUUCUCCACGAAGAGUUGGUGAACAGAUGCCUAAAUGUUGAGUUUGGGGAGAAGUUCUCGCUAAGAGUUCGCAGCCUUAUCGAGUAUUGCGUGCCGGCGGUUGACCACUUGGAGCAGGAUGGACUUGAUCUUACUUUUUACGGUCUUGUGGUCUGUAUACUCCUCUUAACUUUGUGUUCCUCUAUCCACGACUACCGACUGAGCAGGCUAACUCCGCAGCCGACAGAAAACUUCUAUAGCGAGGCGCUAAAAAGCCGUCGACAGCAGCUUCUCACCUCCUUUUCAGUGGUCCGAAAUUACUAUCGAUUGACUCAGCCACAUGUCUCAGAUUUCACGCGAGAUAUGAGCUUCUUUGACGGGUUUCGAGUAAUCGGAGUGUUCAUGGUGAUCCUGGGACACACGCUGAUGGUCUUCAUGACUGUCCCGAUAGAAAAUCCUGAGUUCUACGAACAAUUCCUCUUCAGGUUCGAGACCUCGAUAUUCCAGAACGGCAGCCUGGUCAUUCAGAUAUUUUUCGUGAUGAGCGGCUUCCUACUCUACGUGAAGUUUACCGAUCGCCAGUUGAUUCAACCUAAGACUGACACCCUCGAAUGCAUUGGCGUGUACUUCCGUGUGUUUUUCUACAGAUAUUUCCGGCUCCUUCCAUCGCUCCUCACUCUUAUCCUGUUUAAUGGAACUCUGCUAGUGAGGCUGCAAAACGGACCCUUUUGGCGGCAUCUAACGGAAGCAGAGAGGGUUUUCUGCCGAAGUAAUUGGUGGAAGAACGUUUUCUUUGUGACCAACCACAUGCUGGAGGACAGUUGUUCCCACCAGACCUGGUAUUUGGGGGCGGACAUGCAGCUAUUUGAGCUCUUCCUUAUCGUGAUUGUUUUAACCAACAAACAUCCCAAACUGAAAAAGACUAUCUACGCAAUUCUUUCGGCUCUUGCCUUUGCAGUACCUGCUGUAUUGACCUACAUUCUCGAAUUGGACGCUGUUUACCAUCUUCGACCGGAGACCUAUCGCUAUUUGUACUUUCGGCACUCAGACACAUUUUACCAGAUGUAUCCACCCUUCUAUACGAAUUUGGGAGGCUACUUAUUCGGCUUUAUGUGUGGUCAUGUUUAUCUUAAGCAGCGUUCCAAAAAAUUAGAGUUCCAAGGACAUCUAAAAUACGAACUGGCUAUGUGGCUGCUUGUGCUGGCCACGCUGGGAGUACUUUUCUCCGGUUACAUUUUUAUUAACCAUGACUUUGCAAAGCCAUCUCUUUGGUUGGCCUUGUAUGCAGGUCUCCACAAAAACUUUUGGCUCCUGAUUUGCGCGGGAUUCGUGCUUCUCAUGUGCUCCAAGGUUGGAGGUGGGUUAAAUUAUGGAUUUUAUUUAAGGUUUCCGACCACUCACGAAUCUCCGACAGGUAUGGCAUAUGAUUUUUGCACAUUGCCAGUUUUUCGACCACUGGCAAGGAUCUCCUUUCAGUCCUUUCUCUGGCACAUUGUAGUCCUCAGAGUUGUGGCGGGUUACUUUAGGCAGCCGGUCUAUGUGUCCAGCUUCUACCUGCUGUGCAAUGUGUUGAUGGUGUUUAUGCUCACUCAAAUGUUGGCUGCCUUAGUGGCCGUGCUGCUGGAACAUCCCUUUGGAGAGAUAUUGCGUUGCUUGAUGGAGCCUGAAAAAUUUACAAAAGAAAACCAUCCGGAAAUUCAAAUGAGACGCGCGCAGUCAGCUGUUUAGAGUGGCCGUUUCUAUUUCAGGCGCUUAACGCCGUGCAUUGUUGCCAAUUUGUUGGCUUUUUCCAGUGCUUACAUUUAGCUAUUAUUGUUUGCUGGGAAUAAUUAAAUUCAAGAAAUAAAACACAAAUUACACUUUA